CAGACAUAUAUAGAUAUUUUGAGAUCAAACAAAAUCAAUAAAUUUCAUUGCCUAGUGCUUUCUUUUUUGAAAAAAAAAGAACAAGAAAGAGUGUUUAUUUAUAGCAUAUUCGACACAGCAAUACGCUUCUAUCAUCAUGGCGGAUCCAUGGAUCGUUCAGCCACACGAGCAUGCGAAAUUUGCUGAGCACUUCAACAACUUGGGCCCCGUUAAUGGCGCCCUCACCGGAGAACAGGCCAAGAGGUUCAUGUUGCAGAGUCAACUACCACCGCCCAUACUCGGCGCCAUUUGGACUUUAGCAGACACCAAUGCAGAUGGUAAACUAGAUCUGCGAGAGUUCUCCAUCGCUUGCAAGAUAAUCAACUUGAAACUACAUGGAAUUGAAGUGCCGAAGAUCUUACCGCCGUCUCUACUCGCCUCUCUCAGUCCACAAGUUCAACAAAAACAAUUCACCCCACCAUCCAAACCCCCUAUCCCGCCCAUGCCAACCAUCCCACAGCAACCACUUAUAUCCGGGUUGCCACAGCAACCAACCAACCAAUCACUACUUGGGGAUUUCGGCAACCAAUCCCUUAUUAGCACCGGACCACCGCAAUCUAUACCAACCGUGCCGUUAGUCCAACCAGUCAAGCCAUCCGUGGUCCCAGAUUUGAUUUCCGGCGUGAAACCAAUAACGCAACCAGUUGCGACCCAAAAUUUGAUCGGUCAGUCUCAACCCCUAAUUCCAACUCAACCCCUGAUCGAUGCACAACCCUUAAUCCCUUCUCAACCGCUAUCGGCAGUGCAACCUAUUACAAACCCACCCCUAAUACCUCCAACACAACCAUUAACUCAACCCCUAAUGGCUGCACAACCCUUAAUAAACGGACAACCCCUAAUUGCGGCCAGUCCACCCCUCGUACCCGUUCAACCCUUGGUUGGUCCUACUCCACUAGUUCCCUCCUCGCAGCCAUUGGUGACGGGGACCACAGUGGCAUCUCUAAUCAGCUCGCCGCCUCAACCUACCACGGUAGUGGGUUCGAUGUCUGGGCAACCAGUCACUUCAACCCCUAUAACCGCUGUUAAAAGUGACGGAUUAUCGAAACCAGGAUCUGUGGUAACGAGCCCCACGGAAGUGCCCCUGGGCGUCAUGAGUCCGCCUCCACCGGCCGAGUGGGGUAUACCCCAGCAACAGAAACUCAAGUAUACCCAACUCUUCAACGCUACAGACCGAGCGAAGACAGGGUCGGUGUCAGGUGCGCAGGCUCGCGCGAUCAUGCUGCAGUCCAGACUACCACAGCAGGCUCUGGCACAGAUAUGGGCAUUAGCUGACUUAGACUCUGAUGGCAAGCUGGGGUGUGAAGAGUUUGUACUGGCUAUGUACCUCUGUGAAAAGGCAACCCAGGGUGACUCCGUGCCGGCUAAAUUGCCUCCCGAGCUCAUACCACCCACAUUCAGACGGGAGUCGGUGACAUCGACUAGUAGUGCGAAGUCAUACGAGGAACGUCGGAGAGAGAACAUGGCGCGCGGCCAGGCCGAGCUGGAGAGGCGCAGGUCACAGCUAGCAGACGCCCACAUGAAAGAGAAGGCUGAAAGAGAACGGAAAGAGAGAGAAGAAGCGGAGAAGAGAGAGAAGGCUAGAUUGGAAGCACAGAAGAGAGAGCAGGAAGAAUUGCAAAGGAAACAGAAGGAAGAACAGGAGAAGCGAGAAGCAGCUAGAAAGGAGAUGGAGAGACAAUGCCAACUGGAGUGGGAGAAAAAGAGAAUUCGUGAGCUGGAAGCGAUGCGAACAGAGGAACAAACCAAAGUUCUAAGUCUGAAGUCCAAGAACCAAGCUGUCACUGCAGAGCUGAACUCUGUGAAUCUCCGAGCCAGUAAUCUGGCCAAGGAUAUACGGGAGACCAGGACGGCUGUGGCAGCUGCCAAGUGUACCAUAGACGGGAUGAGAUCCGACCGUGACGCGAGCAUGGCAGAAAUGCAGCAGCUGAAAGCAAAAGUGAAAGAGCUGAAUGCUAAGCAAAUAGCUUUGAAUAAAGAAAAGGCGGAGUUGGAUGCUAAAGGUUCAGAAGGAAAUGAAGACGGCAAACUGAGUAUGAUGGAAGUAACAUUGAAACAGCUACGAGAAAAGGUGGAAGCCGCUAAGGCAAUAGUGGAGAGCAAGCAGAUGGACCUGGAGACGAACAACAAGCAGCUGUCGGAGCUGACGGAGACGGUGACGUCACUGGGCGACAAGUGCGAGCGCGUGUGGAGACUGUACGAGGAGCGCCGCGACCAGUACCGCGCCCGCACCGCCGCGCCCGCAGAGUCCGCCUGGCCCGCAGAGACGGAGUGGGGUGCAUCAGAGGAGGCCUGGGGUGACACCGGAGCCCCAGAAGACGCCUGGGGAGACGCACCCGCUACCAAUGCUACGGAACCUCAGCCGGUGGUGUCGACAGCAGUAGGUGCAGCCAGGUGGCGCUGUGUGUAUGAAUUCUCAGCGCGGACUGCGGAUGAACUCAGUCUCCAGCCUGGGGAUCUGGUCAGCGAUGCGACUGCACCUCGUGGUGAUGCCGAGCCAGGCUGGAGAUGGGGCACUGCUAGAGGUCAAUCGGGCUGGUUCCCUGAAUCAUACGUUGAGGAUAUCAAUGCUGCAUCAGCCUACACUCCCGAGGUGGUGGAACCGCUGGAGACCAAAACACAGCUGGAAGGUAUAGCGGAAGUGCCGGAAGCUGAGAUAUCUAAUGACUUGGGUGGUGCUAUGCCCACUGUUGAAGGUGGAGACUUCUACAUAGCGGCGUAUCCUUACGUGUCGGCGGAACCCGGGGACCUGACCUUCGAGGGCGGAGAGAGGAUCGAAGUGAUGAGGAGAGACGGAGACUGGUGGACCGGACGCAUCGGGAACAGGACGGGCAUUUUCCCGUCGAAUUACGUGACAAAGGACGCGACCACGGGCGCCGUGGCCAUCGCACCCAUCCCCGAGGCGGCCGAGCCAGCCCCGCAGCCCCCCGCCGCCCCCACCGCCGCCCCCGCCUCCCCCGCCGCCCCCGCGGAGCCCCCGCAACAAGAACAGAAGUCAACGACCCCCAUCUCGUCGGAAGUGGCCUCCAUCACGGAGAGCGCGGCCAGGCCUCCGUCGGCGGCUCGCAGGGACUCCGGGCGGGACUCCGUCACCGGCCGCAGGAAGAACGAGAUCGCGCAGGCCAUCGCCAGCUACACGGCCUCCAGUUCAGAACAGUUGUCUCUACAAAAAGGGCAAUUGCUUGUGGUCCGUAAAAAGGCGGACAGUGGAUGGUGGGAAGGCGAGUUGCAGGCCAAGGGCAGGAACCGGCAGGUCGGAUGGUUCCCAGCCAGCUAUGUCAAAGUAUUACAAUCGUCGGGUCGCACGUCGGGCCGCACUACGCCAGUGCUGUCCAAGAUGGACACGUUGCCCGCAGAGACUGUCAUAGACAAGGUGAUAGCGUUGUAUGCAUACACUGCGCAGAAUUCAGAUGAAUUGAGCUUCGAGAAGGACGAUAUUAUAGCUGUCACAGACAGAAAUCAGGACCCCGCCUGGUGGCAAGGCGAACUACGCGGCAUGACCGGCCUCUUCCCUAGUAAUUACGUCACUAAAUUAGUCAACUAAACUCAAUCGUAUUAAUAUUUAAAUAUAGUAGAAAAAUAUCUUAUACACAUGUAACACUGUAGAAAAUAUCACAAUGUUGCCACUAAAAAAAAAAUAUUUAAUCUGUAGCGCGUUAUUGGCGCCAUAUUGACGUAAAAAAUAUGGCGGGAUUAUUUAAUUGUUGCAUUAAUAACAAAUCUGAUCAGUUAUCUUAUUUGUAACUAGCCGUACUCGUGACUUUGUUCGUGUGGAAUUUAACAAUAAAGUUAAUUAGAGAAUUAUUCUAAAAUAAAAGUAGCCUAAGUUACUCCCUAUUACAACAGCUACUUGCCAAUAAA